AUGAUUUAUGGAAGAAAUAUUACAGAGAUCACCCAUUUCAUUCUCCUGGGAUUCUCAGAUUUUCCCAGGAUUAUAGUAGGGCUGUAUGUUGUAUUCCUGUUGAUCUACAUUAUGACUCUGACUUGGAACCUGAGCCUCAUCAUCCUAAUAAGAAUCAACUCCCACCUCCAAAUGCCCAUAUACUUCUUCCUUAGUAAUCUCUUCACAGAUAUCUGCUUUCUGACUUCCACAGCCCCCAAGUUGCUGUCGAACUUUUUCCAGGAGCAGCAAACUAUAAUCUUUGUGGGCUGUGCUUUUCAGUACUUUAUCUUUUCAGCCAUAGAAGUGAGUGAGUCUUUUCUCAUGACAGCUAUGGCUUAUGACGGAUAUGCUGCCAUUUGUAACCCAGUUCUCGAUACAUCAAUCAUGUUGCCUAACCUCUACGUUUGGGUUGUGCUUGGGUCCUAUUUGGCUGGACUUUCUGUUUCUAUAUCCAAACUGUGUGUCAUACUUCAGCUCCACUUCUGUGGGCCUAAUGUCAUCCACCACUUUUUUGGUGACAUAUUUCAACUGGUAGUCCUGUCCUGCACUGACACUUUCUUUGUACAACUCAUGAUGGCUAUAUUGACACUGAUCUUUGGAAUAAUAAAUGCCCUAGUCAUCAUGACAUUCUAUGUCUAUAUUGUCUUCUCCAUCAUGAACAUCACUUUAUCUACAGACAGGUCCAAGUCUUUCACCACUUCCUUCAGCCCCUGUGCUUCUCACCUGACCGCAGUGACCCUCUUCUUUGGUUCUAGUACCUUUGUUUAUCUGUAUCCUAAUUCUGGCGAUUCUCUGAGCCAAAGUAAGUUGGCAUCAGUAUUAUACACUAUUGUAAUCCCGAUGCUAAAUCCAUUGAUCUACAGCCUGAGGAACAAGGAAAUCAAAGAUGCCCUAAACAGAUGGAAGAAGAAAAUCUACUCCUGCUGUUACUAA